AUGGUUGCUGAAAAUAAUGUAGAGCCUAUGGAUACAAAUGAAAAUCGCUCUCCAACAAAAAAAACUCAAGAAAAAGAGAAUAGUGAAACGGAUGAAGAUUUGGAAUUGAAAAAAACAUUAGAUGAUUUAUCCCAAGCUCUUAUUGAUGGAACCGGGAAUUUUGGUGAAAAUCUUAAAAAAGUUGGUGAUUUAAUGAGAGAUUCAACGACAUCUAUAACAGCUGUUCCUAAACCAUUGAAAUAUCUACAAGCUCAUUAUGGAGCAUUUAAGGAAGUUUACGAGAAGCUUCCGCCAGGAAACGACAAGAAAUUGUUAGCAGAUGUUAUUUCUGUUAUAGCCAUGGUUGCUGGAGAAGGAAUAGAUGUUGUAACAUAUAGAUUACUUGGAUUAGGAAAUCAAGUUGGUGAAUGGGGAAAUGAGUAUGUAAAGCAUUUAACACUUGAUGUUGUUACUGCAUGGAAAGAAAUUGGCGAUACACCAGAAGAUGAGGCUAGAGCAAAAGUACUAAUGGAUCUUGUUAGUAAUGUUGUUGAAUAUUACAUUACACAUAACUCUGAGGUUGAAGCUUGUGAUCUUCUUAUGGAAAUUGAUAGGUUUGACGUUCUUAUUAAGUUAGCUAAGGCUGGUGAAUGUCAAAAACUAUGUAAUUAUUUACUUGCUUGCGUUGAUUAUGCUCCUGAUCCAGAUAAUAUUGCUCUUAUCCGUGCAGCCAUGCAAAUUUAUGAACAAUUCAAACAUGAAUAUGAAAGUUUCAGGUGUGCUGUUAUGUUAAAUGACGUAGAUUUAAUUAAACAGAAAAUUGUUAAUUGUAAAGAUCUAAAUGUUAAAAAACAAAUGGCUUUACUUCUUGGAAGGCAUCAAAUGUUCCUUGAUUUUGAGGAUGUUGAAGACGGAGACGUUCUUGCCGAAAUGAACUCUAACACCCAAAUUCAUGACUUUUUUAUUUCUUUAGCUCGUGAGUUAGACAUUAUGGACCCAAAAACACCAGAUAAUGUUUACAAAGUACAUUUGGAGCCUAGAAGUGGUUAUAAUUCAUUAACUGCCGAUAACACUACAAGACUUGCUUUAACAGCUUCUUUUGUAAAUGGAUUUGUUAAUGCUGGGUUUGGAGUUGAUAAAAUACUUACAAGUGCAGAAGAAGGGAAUAAAUUUAUUUUUAAAAAUAAAGAAUAUGGUUUGUUUUCUGCUGCAGCUUCACAUGGAUUAUUGUGGAGAUGGGAUGUUGAUAAUGGAUUUUCUAGCUGUGAUCGUUUAUUGUAUACUGAAAAUGAAUUUGUCAAAGGUGGAGGUCUGCUUGCUCUAGCUAUUAUUUGUUCAGGAGUACAAGAUUCUUGUGAUCCAGCAUGUGCUCUUCUUUUAGAACAAUUAAAUGCAGCAAGUUCUGCUGUCAGGCUUGGUGCUACAUAUGGUCUUGGACUUGCUUAUGCUAAUUCUAAAAGAGAAACAGUUGUUCAAAAUCAGGAAGGUGGUGUUAUUUUUGAAUUAACUAAAGCUUUAUUUGAUACUUCACCUGCUAGUAAUACUGAAAUAAAAUGUGUCGCAGCUUUGUCACUUGGACUUAUUUGUGUUUCAUCAGGAGAUGCAAAAAUUGCUGGAGAUUUACUUCAAUUUUUACUAGAAAAAACGGAAGAAGAAUUAUACGAUUUUAACUAUAAACUUGUUUCUUUAGGAUUGUCACUUAUAUUCUUGGGAACACAAGACAAAUCUGAAGUGUUUGUUGAAAGUUGCCGUCAAUUACCUGGACAUUUCGGAGAGAUGACAUCUGUUUUGGUUGAUUGUUUAGCUUAUGCUGGAACCGGAAAUGUUUUAAAAAUUCAACAAUUAUUACAAAUUUGUUCAAAGCACCCAGAAAAUGAUAAGAAAGAUGAUUUACCACAAAAAAAAUCGAAAAAAGAUAAGAAAGAUGAAAGUGGAAAAACUGGUCCAAAAUAUGAAUACGCUUUUCUUCAAUCAGUUGCUUGUUUUGGUAUUGGACUUAUUGCUAUGGGCGAAGAAGUUGGAAGUGAGAUGUGUCUUCGAAUGUUUGGACAUCUUUUGAAGUACGGUGAUAGUGCUGUUCGUAGAGCAGUACCAAUUGGACUUGCAGUUCUUUCUAUUUCAAAUCCACAAAUACCAAUUAUGGAAGUUUUAUCCAAAUUUUCUCACGAUUCAGACUAUGAUGUUGCUCAUAAUUCUAUUUUUGCUUUGGGACUUAUUUCAGCUGGUACCAAUAACGCAAGGAUUGUUUCUAUUCUUAGACAGUUAGCAAGUUACUACCACAAAAGUGAAACUGCUUUGUCUUUAGUUCGUUUAUCUCAAGGAUUGGUUCAUUUAGGAAAAGGAACAAUUACUCUUAAUCCUUUCCAUUCUGAAAGACAUCUUCUUUGUCCAACUGCUUUAGCAGGUAUUAUCUCAACAUGCUUCUCAUUUUUAGAUUCGAGAAAUAUUGCAAUGAACAACCGUCAACAUUAUCUUAUUUACAACUUAAUUACUGCAAUGAACCCAAGAUACAUGAUUACUUUAAUUGAGGAUGAUUCUGGUGAUAAGAAACUUAAACAAAUAAAUGUUCCUGUGCGCGUUGGGCAAGCUGUUGAUGUUGUUGGACAAGCUGGUAAACAAAGAGGUAUUACAGGAUUCCAGACACAUACAACUCCCGUCUUACUUGCUUAUGGAGAAAAAGCAGAAUUAGGAACCGAUGAAUAUAUUCCAGUAUGCAGUCAACUCGAAGGCUUGGUAAUUUUAAAGAAAAAUCCAGAUUAUACUAAACCAGAAGUGAAAGAAACAGAUAAAGCAAAUAAAAAUAAAAAUUAA